UCCAAAAAUAUUUAUUUUAAGUGUCAUGAGUAGUAAAUAUUUGUGAAUUGUGUUCAAUAACAUACCCGACUAAUGGUACUAAUUUUCUGUUAUGGCAACAACUAGUCAGCCAUUUUGGAUUUUAGUAGUUAGACGACCGUCCGUCUCAAAAAAACAAUUGUUUUCAAUCUACCUGUUAUUUAUACACAAAAAUAACGCGAGUGCAACGUAUCAAACCGCCCGACAUUCUAGCAACUUCAGCGUCCGAACCGAGUCUCGACAACUGCUCGUCGCGGCGGGCUCGAUCAGCUGUCAGGAACCUUUGACGUGUAGAACACAAACAAAUUUGUUAACGUGCUAUGCUGUUAUCAUGAACGCCACUUUUUACGAGCAACUGGGCGGCGUUGCGGGGGUUUUUGAGCAGUGGGGCGCCUGCGAGCGGACGGUGGUCGCCUGUGCUUUGGCGCGGCGAGUGCCCGUGCCGGGGCUGAGGCUUCUUCAGAGGGCUGUGGAUGCAGCUUUAAGAGACCACGGGCCUGAUGAGAGACUCGAGAGGGACGCUAAUGACGAGACGGUCCUCGCCGGGCUGCUUGACGACGACGACGAUGAGGGCGAAUGCCUCCGUCGUUUGCUGACGCUACUCCCGCUCCUGCGGACAGACAACGUGGCCGCAAAGGACCUCUACGUAUCGGCGGCGCCGCGGCUGGUGCAGCGGUGUGUAGACUCACGACGGCCUCCUGAACUGUGUUUGCAGUUGUUAAGAUAUUUGUUGGUGCAUCCCGCGCUUACAGCUAUGGAUCAGAGAACAUUAACACAAUGGCUCCGCUACCUAGAAAACCACAUGUCCGGCGCCCGACCGGACUCGCUGUGGCAGCAGCCCGGCCCGCCCGAGCACAACAUAUGGGGCGCCUCCACGUUCCGACGCACCAUCGGCAAAAACGUUGACUUUAGACACCUCACAGACCCCAUAGAAUUAACUUUCUCUACAGAUUUACUACAAGAAUCCUUCUCAAAGAACGGAAGAGAUGUAGAUAUAAGUUUAGACGGAGAUAAGCUAAACUUUGACGCUUGCAUAGCGCAGCCAAAGUCCCAAAGAUCAAGCAGCCUCACACCACCUUCGUCAAACUUCAUACACAUGUCUUCGUCCGCUGAAAAUUUAGCAGAUGAACCAUUCGUUCAGAAACCUAGAAGUUUUUCUUUAUCGAGUGAACAUAGUUUAGGAAUAAGGCCUAUCAUAAUGUAUGGGACGACGGGGAGUGAGACGAGAUUAGAUGAUUUGAGGUCGAAUAAGUUUACAGAGUUUCCGGGGAUGUCAACAGUGGCUCAGUGGUUAAAGAGUUUGAGGCUACAUAAGUACGUGUGGUUGUUUACUAACAUCAGCUAUGAGCAGAUGAUGGCUAUUGAUGAGGAGUAUUUGGAGAAAUUAGGUGUAACAAAAGGUGCUCGCCACAAGCUCUUGCUCUCCAUCAACAAACUUCAUGAACGGCCCGCCAUCCUGGACGGCGUGGCGGCCGAGCUCACCAGCGGAGCCCCGCAGGCCGCCGCGCGCGCGCUGGAGCGGCUGCGGCACGUGCUGCUGAGCCCCAUGCCGCCCGACUCGCCGCUCCCGGCGCAGAUAGUCAGCGUGCUGGAGACAGAUAGUCAGCGUGCUGGAGACAGGUAUGUGUCGGGUUCCAUCAUGUGGGCGCUGGAGCGGCUGCGGCACGUGCUGCUGAGCCCCAUGCCGCCCGACUCGCCGCUCCCGGCGCAGAUAGUCAGCGUGCUGGAGACAGAUAGUCAGCGUGCUGGAGACAGGUAUGUGUCGGGUUCCAUCAUGUGGGCGCUGGAGCGGCUGCGGCACGUGCUGCUGAGCCCCAUGCCGCCCGACUCGCCGCUCCCGGCGCAGAUAGUCAGCGUGCUGGAGACAGAUAGUCAGCGUGCUGGAGACAGGUAUGUGUCGGGUUCCAUCAUGUGGGCGCUGGAGCGGCUGCGGCACGUGCUGCUGAGCCCCAUGCCGCCCGACUCGCCGCUCCCGGCGCAGAUAGUCAGCGUGCUGGAGACAGAUAGUCAGCGUGCUGGAGACAGGUAUGUGUCGGGUUCCAUCAUGUGGGCGCUGGAGCGGCUGCGGCACGUGCUGCUGAGCCCCAUGCCGCCCGACUCGCCGCUCCCGGCGCAGAUAGUCAGCGUGCUGGAGACAGAUAGUCAGCGUGCUGGAGACAGGUAUGUGUCGGGUUCCAUCAUGUGGGCGCUGGAGCGGCUGCGGCACGUGCUGCUGAGCCCCAUGCCGCCCGACUCGCCGCUCCCGGCGCAGAUAGUCAGCGUGCUGGAGACAGAUAGUCAGCGUGCUGGAGACAGGUAUGUGUCGGGUUCCAUCAUGUGGGCGCUGGAGCGGCUGCGGCACGUGCUGCUGAGCCCCAUGCCGCCCGACUCGCCGCUCCCGGCGCAGAUAGUCAGCGUGCUGGAGACAGAUAGUCAGCGUGCUGGAGACAGGUAUGUGUCGGGUUCCAUCAUGUGGGCGCUGGAGCGGCUGCGGCACGUGCUGCUGAGCCCCAUGCCGCCCGACUCGCCGCUCCCGGCGCAGAUAGUCAGCGUGCUGGAGACAGAUAGUCAGCGUGCUGGAGACAGGUAUGUGUCGGGUUCCAUCAUGUGGGCGCUGGAGCGGCUGCGGCACGUGCUGCUGAGCCCCAUGCCGCCCGACUCGCCGCUCCCGGCGCAGAUAGUCAGCGUGCUGGAGACAGAUAGUCAGCGUGCUGGAGACAGGUAUGUGUCGGGUUCCAUCAUGUGGGCGCUGGAGCGGCUGCGGCACGUGCUGCUGAGCCCCAUGCCGCCCGACUCGCCGCUCCCGGCGCAGAUAGUCAGCGUGCUGGAGACAGAUAGUCAGCGUGCUGGAGACAGGUAUGUGUCGGGUUCCAUCAUGUGGGCGCUGGAGCGGCUGCGGCACGUGCUGCUGAGCCCCAUGCCGCCCGACUCGCCGCUCCCGGCGCAGAUAGUCAGCGUGCUGGAGACAGAUAGUCAGCGUGCUGGAGACAGGUAUGUGUCGGGUUCCAUCAUGUGGGCGCUGGAGCGGCUGCGGCACGUGCUGCUGAGCCCCAUGCCGCCCGACUCGCCGCUCCCGGCGCAGAUAGUCAGCGUGCUGGAGACAGAUAGUCAGCGUGCUGGAGACAGGUAUGUGUCGGGUUCCAUCAUGUGGGCGCUGGAGCGGCUGCGGCACGUGCUGCUGAGCCCCAUGCCGCCCGACUCGCCGCUCCCGGCGCAGAUAGUCAGCGUGCUGGAGACAGAUAGUCAGCGUGCUGGAGACAGGUAUGUGUCGGGUUCCAUCAUGUGGGCGCUGGAGCGGCUGCGGCACGUGCUGCUGAGCCCCAUGCCGCCCGACUCGCCGCUCCCGGCGCAGAUAGUCAGCGUGCUGGAGACAGAUAGUCAGCGUGCUGGAGACAGGUAUGUGUCGGGUUCCAUCAUGUGGGCGCUGGAGCGGCUGCGGCACGUGCUGCUGAGCCCCAUGCCGCCCGACUCGCCGCUCCCGGCGCAGAUAGUCAGCGUGCUGGAGACAGCAUCAACAUGUAUCCCAGAAACCACAGUGCCGAUGCGAGACAUAGAUGAUGAUGAACAGCGAGAUCCCAUGUCGCUACAUUGUUGGCUUGUCGAAAAGGCGCUCCACCACGGCUCGUUCCGCGCGGCGCCGCUGCAGGCCGCGCUGCGGCGCCUGCGCCACCGCCUGCCGCCGCGCGCCUUCUACCGCCACGUGGGCCUCCUGCCGCCGCGCCGCCCGCACAAGCCGCGGUAUGUUCACAUUGUCUGCAGGCGCUCCCCCACGGCUCGCUCCGCGCCCCGCCUGCCGCCGCGCGCCUUCUACCGCCACGUGGGCCUCCUGCCGCCGCGCCGCCCGCACAAGCCGCGGUAUGUUCACAUUGUCUGCAGGCGCUCCCCCACGGCUCGCUCCGCGCCCCGCCUGCCGCCGCGCGCCUUCUACCGCCACGUGGGCCUCCUGCCGCCGCGCCGCCCGCACAAGCCGCGGUAUGUUCACAUUGUCUGCAGGCGCUCCCCCACGGCUCGCUCCGCGCCCCGCCUGCCGCCGCGCGCCUUCUACCGCCACGUGGGCCUCCUGCCGCCGCGCCGCCCGCACAAGCCGCGGUAUGUUCACAUUGUCUGCAGGCGCUCCCCCACGGCUCGCUCCGCGCCCCGCCUGCCGCCGCGCGCCUUCUACCGCCACGUGGGCCUCCUGCCGCCGCGCCGCCCGCACAAGCCGCGGUAUGUUCACAUUGUCUGCAGGCGCUCCCCCACGGCUCGCUCCGCGCCCCGCCUGCCGCCGCGCGCCUUCUACCGCCACGUGGGCCUCCUGCCGCCGCGCCGCCCGCACAAGCCGCGGUAUGUUCACAUUGUCUGCAGGCGCUCCCCCACGGCUCGCUCCGCGCCCCGCCUGCCGCCGCGCGCCUUCUACCGCCACGUGGGCCUCCUGCCGCCGCGCCGCCCGCACAAGCCGCGGUAUGUUCACAUUGUCUGCAGGCGCUCCCCCACGGCUCGCUCCGCGCCCCGCCUGCCGCCGCGCGCCUUCUACCGCCACGUGGGCCUCCUGCCGCCGCGCCGCCCGCACAAGCCGCGGUAUGUUCACAUUGUCUGCAGGCGCUCCCCCACGGCUCGCUCCGCGCCCCGCCUGCCGCCGCGCGCCUUCUACCGCCACGUGGGCCUCCUGCCGCCGCGCCGCCCGCACAAGCCGCGAUGGCGCGCCGCGCCGCACUACCCGCGGGCGUGGCUGCCCGCGGCCCCGCCCCCCCCCGCUCCCCCGCCCCCUCCUCCCCCGCCCCCGCCCCCGGCCCCGCACGCCCGCCCCAAGUCGCACUCGUACCCGCCCUUCCCGGCCGCCGCGCUGCUGCGCGCCGCGCCCGGCGACGACUACUCCGGCCUGGACGCGCUGUGCCUGCAGAUGACCGAGCAGGCCAUCAACUGAAGCUACAACGUGCACGAUUUCACAUUGGUAUGAACUAGGAAAACAUUACCGAAUAGUAGGAACGGUCCCCGCCUCCGCCUCGAAUCCCACUUCUGAAGCGGCGUUCCUCCGGCCGACACGAUACUUUCGCAGGUGACGGAGCGGGCCGACCUGAAACACCAGAAAAGGAUUUGACAUUGGUAUGAAUCGCAAACUUUUUUAUCUGUAGACAAAUUUCUACUCAAAAGUAGUAAGAAUUCGCGGCCUCUGCCCCCGCGACCUAAGUUUAAGUUUCACCCUGUCUCUUAUUCUUUUCUUACUUCUGUAACUUAUCUAAUACAAAAUAUACACGAAUGUAAAUCAAAAUGAUGCCAAACGUCAUACCGAUUGUUAAUAUCCUAACAUACCAAUGUUAAAUAUACCUAAAUGAGGUAGGGAAUGUUUUUGUUGUAUUCAAAUUAUGAAAUGAAACAAAACUCGGUUGCUAGAACGACUUUAUUAUGAAAUUGCCUAAGUUUUAUAGGCAGAUACUAUUGACAUAUUAAAUCGUCGGUCUAAAUAUAUAUAAAUUAUACUUGCAUUAUUAUUCAUUAUGUUUAUUAAUUGUCUAAUGGACCUAAAUCAAAUUAUUCGCAAUAUGAUAAUAUAUUAGACUAAAAUUAUUUGCUUUGGAGCAAUUUGAAUGUAUUUAUUAUGAAUUUUAUGGCACAAUUCAUAUGCAUGGACAUAUAGAUUUCUUAGCGGAAUCCUUUAUUUUUACUAUUUAUUUUGUUUGACAGUUCGCGACGUGAAGUCGCACGAACUUAUAAUUAAGUAGGUUAAAGGCGUUACGCACAAUCCGAUUUUCGAUCCAAUUUUGCUUGGUAUAACAAAGUUACGCGUCGUUUUUGACGCAACUUGUAAAAAAAAAUUAAAUCAAAGAAUAUUGCCUUUUUUCAUCAAAUCAGAUCGAGAUUGGAUUGUGUAACUGCGAAAUAAAUGUAUUUUUUGUAAAUAAAUGCUAGAGAAAUGAUAGGAUAUGCUUUAAAUUAUAUAUAGGCAAUGACGAAUAGAUGCCUCGGAGAAAAUACAAAUUAUUCCUAAGACAUAGUACCUUAACGUAUAUUUACGACCAUUUAGCUGCGAGGGACGUAUUGCUGUAGCUUUUUUAUUAAAAAAUGCUUCGUUGAAUGUAACACGUUAAAUAUCAACUUGUAAAGUUCUAAAAGUGGAAAUGCAUAUGCUACACAAUAUUAUACAUUAGCUAGUCGAAUUUGCUAUUGCAUAAUCCCACUCAGUUGACAGCAAAAAACUCUUUAAAAAUGCUCGUAUGUGUAAAUUUACUGAGAACUGAAAAUUUACACUACAAACAAGCGCAAUAAAAAAGGGUCAAUAUGAAAAUAAAUUUCUAUCAAAAUUACCCGUAUUUAUUGUUUGUGAGCAUUUUUUUUGCUGUCAGCAUUUCAUUAACUUCACUGUUGAUAUACGUAAUAUUGCUUAAAAAUAUUGCUUCCAAUAGUAUCCUAAUUAAAUUCGGCGACAUCGAGCUGUAUUCUGAGGGCCUACCGUGAAAAACUAAAUUUCGUUAUCUGUCUUUAUCGCUCACAUAUUCGAGCGAUAGAGGCAGGUAAAGAAAUUCCGAUUUUAGUUUUUCGCGGUAGUCUCAUUUUCUCUGGUGCUAGGCGCAAGUUUGAUUUCAGCUUCGUGGUAAAGUUUGAUAUGAGAACAUUUUGUUUUUUUUUUUCAAUUGAAUAUGUGUCAAAUUCCGAAUCAUACUAUUCCCAAUAUAGGAAAUGAUUUUACAAUGGCAUUAACUAAUUUUUAAACCGAAACUUGCGUUUGAGCGUUUUCAUAACAAAUUGUAGAUGUAACUAGUUUAACGGCGAAACGGCCUAAAUUUUACGUACGCGUGAAAGGGAUAGCGAAUCCCAUUUGUCCUUUGCAUGAACAGGACAAGUAGUGUGAAUGUUAAUUUCUGGCAACUGUCAAGAGACUUCUGCGCGAUAUUAAAGAAAUCGGGAUCCAAUUUAUCGUGUAGUGUAAUAGCGCUUUAAAUUUAUCGUAUAAGCGUCCGUCCCUGUGAAAGCUCGAAAGUACGGAUGUAUAAAAUUAAGCAUUUUUUUCUAAGAAUGGAUCUUUUACGCGCGUUUUAUAUCAUUAGUGAGGCUCGAAAUAGUUUCAAUUCCUCUUGCAUGCUUCUAAUAUUACUUUCGCUCUACCAUAUGCCUCUAGUUUUUAGAGAGUAAAACUCUUCUUCCUAGCGUUUGUCCCGGCUUAUUGUCACGGCACAUGGGAGCCUGGGGUCCGCUUGGAGCUUGUUAAUCCCGAGAAUUGGUGUAGAUACCAGUUUUUACGAAAGCGACUACCAUCUGACCUUUCAACCCAGAGGGAAAACUAGGCGCCUUAUUGAGAUUAGUCCUCCUCACGAUGUGUUCAUUCACCCAAAAGCGUCUGGUAAAUGAUAUAAUUGAUAUAUCGUACAUAAUUUCCGAAAAACGCAUUGGUACAAGCCGGGGUUUGAACCCGCGUCCUCCGGAUUGACAGUCGCACGCUCUUACCGUUAAGCUACCAACGCUUUUUUUAGAGUAAAACGCGCGUAGAAGAUCUUUGGAAAAUAAGCCUAAGCGAGGUAGCCUGGAAUGCCGGAGAUGUGAAUGUUUGUGUUGGCAAAUUAAACUUCUUAAUGUUUAUUUGAUGUUGAGGUCUUCAGACGUAACAAUUUGACUACCGAUUUGUCGGUUCUUUUGCGACAGAAAUGUGUUAAAAGGUUGGAUCGAUUAAUUGUCAGUUAAAUCGCUUCGUCUGUAGAGCCCAUUAUUCAGUGCGCCUCUUCUCGUAUAUUUAUAUUUUAUUGUUGACGAUAAAUCUUUGCUUCGUUCUGUCAAUAUGUGUCGCAAGUCUUAUCGACAAUUAUAUACUAUAAAAACGACUAUAAUAGGCCCGCAGAAUUGACAAUUGUGCCGUUUUCAAGAAAAAGCAACGUGUUGUUGGUUUUAAUAACAAAACUUUCGUGAGACACAUACAUUAAAUAUGUUUAAACGGGUCACUCACGUAUUUUAAGUCGAAAACGCUCGACAUGUUUCACUCCGUACCCGAGUGAGUGAUCCGUAAUAUUUAAUUUAUAUUGUUGGUUUGUCAUAAGUUACUGCCAUUUCAUGCAAUUAGAAAUCGCACUUACGGACAAGCUGCAUGGUACAUCUUGUUGAAAGCGUCACAAAAUAAAUGAUAAGUAUGUAGGUAGUUUAAUUUGUCGACUGUUGUCGUGUUCUCGCUUGUGUCGUGUCGAUUGUUGACUUUGUUAAAUGUUAUAUCGCGUAAGCCGUGUACAUCAUUACGCGGUUAUCACACUUAUGCGGACCGGCACGUCGCUCCUGUGUGCAAGCGAGACAGCGCUAUGCGGUGUCCCGCUCGCACACAGGAGCGACGUGCGGGUCCCGCAUUCAAAGUAAAGACCGUUAAUGUUAGACCUAAUUGUUGACUGAAUGCAUAAUUUAUGUAAUUUCAAAACAUUUUUUUUACACAUUUUAAUUAAUAUAUCAGCAAUAUUUAUUUUGACUGGAUCAAAAGUUUGAUGGAACGUGUGCAAUUUUGCGUAUUUUAAGAUUAACUGUAAAUAUGUUAUUUGCGUAAAUAAGUUAUUGUUUUGUACAAAUGAAAUACCGUUGACCAGAUUUAGAUUAAGCCGAUUGCAGUCUGUCUUAGGCCACCAAAAUAUAGUUUUUUAAUAGACAAAGAUUCUAUAUAGUAGCGAAUAUAUUCCAAGGCUGUAUUAUUGCUUAUUUACUUGAUUUCGGAGUUUAUUGUUUAGCGGACUGUGAUAUGUGGUUUGUUUUACGAUCAUGUUUAUCGGCACUAAGUGAAUAUAGCAUAAUGUGACAGUU